AUGGUCGUGUUGUCUGCAAGUCCCACAUCAUCUGUGAAGAGUUCUCAGAUCUGCUCUCUGUCGUCUCUGAACUUCAGUGACUCUUAUAAAUGGGAAGGAGGAAUUCUCCGUCUCCACAUUUCCCCCACCUCCCACAGGGAAGAGAUCAAAGUAGAAAACCAGCAUGACUACCAGGACAUCACCAGCAUGGUGGCUAUGGCCAAAACCUAUGCCACCACUGAGGCCUUCAUCGACUCCAAGUAUGACAUCCGCAUCCAGAAAAUUGGAUCCAACUACAAAGCUUACAUGAGAACCUCCAUCUCUGGAAACUGGAAGGCCAACACAGGCUCUGCCAUGCUGGAGCAGGUGGCCAUGACAGAGAGGUACAGGCUGUGGGUGGACAGCUGCUCGGAGAUGUUUGGUGGCCUGGACAUCUGUGCUGUCAAGGCUGUCCACAGCAAAGAUGGCAGAGAUUACAUCAUAGAGGUGAUGGACAGCUCAAUGCCCCUGAUUGGGGAGCACGUGGAAGAGGACAAACAGCUGAUGGCCGACCUUGUCAUCUCCAAAAUGAGCCAACUCCUGAUGCCAGGGGGCAUGGUACCCUCGCCCCUGAGGCCUUGGGCGCCUCAGACUAAACCAGCAAAAUCCCCUGGGCAAGCCCAACUGGGUCCUCCACUUGGACAACCCCAGCCACGGCCACCCACACAAGGGGGCCCUCGCCCAGUUCAGUCUCCUCAACCCCCAAGAUCUGGGAGUCCCUCCCAGCAGAGGCUCUCCCCACAAGGCCAGCAGCCCCUGAGCCCUCAGUCUGGAUCGCCACAGCAGAGAUCGCCAGGGUCUCCCCAGCUCUCCCGUGCAUCUGGAGGCAGCUCUCCAAACCAGGCCCCCAAGCCGAGCGCACCCCUUACCUCGCAGCCCCGGCCCCCCGUGCAGGGCCGCAGCACCUCCCAACAGGGCGAAGAGGCGAAGAAGCCAGCAUCACCCCAUCCCCAUCUCAACAAAUCCCAGUCCCUGACUAACAGCCUCAGCACAUCUGACACCUCCCAGCGCGGGACCCCCAGUGAAGACGAGGCCAAGGCCGAGACCAUCCGCAACCUGAGGAAGUCUUUCGCCAGCCUGUUCUCUGACUAAUCCUGGUCAGGCCUCUCCUGCCCCACCCUCCGUCUCAGCCUUGGUUCCUGCUGGGAACAGAAUGGAGGGCCUGAGAAUAUCCUUUCCAAAUGCCUUUGAUCCAGGAACUGAGUCCAUGUGUUCCCAUUUCCUUUUGCCGUGGCGUUCCAGCAUCAUCCAGCCAAGCGGUAGGCGUUUGAGAGCCUCCCGAUUCCUCAAAAUGGGCCUUAAAGAUGGGUGUCACAUCCACCUUCCUGCCCAGAUGCUUGCUCCCCUGCCUCAGAUAACCAAGUGAGACAUCAGUGUGACUGGUUUUGACAUUGCUUGUUAGUGUUUCGCUUGCCUUUGGGAAGGGCCUCCUCUGAGCCUUGCCCCCAUCUCCAUCAAAUGCAGAUGCUGAAGUCAGACCUCAGCAAUGUAGGAGGCAAUAAACUUUUGACAGUGUUCUACAAACAAAAGGAGAAAAGCCUAGCCAAGGGAACUUAGCACCUACCCUUAUCCGUUCCAUCCAAGCUCAAGAGACGGGCCUGCAGCCCAGGCAGGCCCAGGCCCCAUCACACCCGCCACCAGUGGAUCUUGAGUACCACAGAAUGAAUUCAGACCAUGCGACACGCUGAGCCUUUCAGAACACAACAGAAACAGAGGGGAGGCUCUGCAAGACCACUCACAGCCAGCAUGCUAUCCUAAGUUGGACAGCCAAGAGCAGACCCCAGGUUCUUUUAGGAAUCACGACUAGUUUCCAGAGGGAGAUGUCCUCAACUAGUCAAGGCCCCUCUGCCCAUUCUGUGUUACACCACCGUUCAGCCUCUCUGAAUUCCCACCAGGAAUGCUGUUUCCCCCUCGAGGACACACAAGGAACCAGAGACGGUGAGCAGGCAGAUGACACAGGAUCAGAAAGUGUGAUGACAGUCACUUCUAGCUCGGUGCUUCAGACUGAGCAGCAAGGCACUGGCACCAAGUAUUCAAAACACAAGGAAAAAGAACCGAAACUCCACUCCAGAAGAAGCCAGAAACAGGAGUUCCUAACAACCCAAUGGUGGCCAAAAAGCAGAGUUUUGGAGCCCGGAAGUUUCGGCACAGAGCCUCAGGAGCAGCUGCAGGGAUGGGGGAGGGGGACUGAGCUGGCGGGGGCCCAUUCACCUCACAUCCAGUCCAACCAAACUGGCUCCGCUUGUGUUCAUUCCAUAAAUCAGGCUUCUGCAAAUGAUUUCACGUGAAGAAAGGGUGCCACCACAAAACAAAAAUAAUCCCCUGCAACAAUCUGAUGACAAUGAAUAGCUUCUCUGAUCAUUUUCAAAUGUCCAAGUAAUAUUGUAAUAUUACAUAUCUUUCUGUAAUAAAAGUCAAGACUGCCAUGUAA